AUGCUAUGAGGAAGGAAGACAAGCGGCGAACCCGAGCACACGGAUUUAGUCAUUACUGAGGUGCGCGCUCGAGCGGGUUAAAAUCAUAGUUCGUUCGCGAUCGUAGCCGUUUUUUAAGGCUCUAUGAAUAGUGGUGGCGUUGUUAGUGGCGGAAAUAGACAAGUUCUCGGUGGUGUCGAAUUGGUGAAGGACUCGUUCCUUCUGAAUUUGUGUGGAGAAAAAUGGUCGAAACGGCAGUGAUUAAAUCCAGUUCAAUGUCAAAGCUGACUGGUAACGGAAAUGUGAACACUGAGCCAGUUGAUGCCACAGCAGGAGCAGAUGACCAUUACAAUCCUUCCGUGAGAAUUUUGCACAUCCCGAAGCAGACGAAUGGAUCAUGUGGGUUCCAUCUGUCGCGAAGCAAAUGGGACCCUUACCCUUGGGUCAGUCGGGUGGAUGGAGAAUCGCCGGCAGAAGUGACCGGAUUGAAGGCCGGUGACUGCGUGCUAGAGGUAAACAAUGAAGACGUUCUCGGAAUGCGGAUUGCCGAAGUUGCGAAUAUGGUUCGCUCCAAAUCCGACAUUGUCACUCUUUUGCUGUGGAGUACCGGCAUGGAGCCCAGCUGUAAUUCGGAAUCACUAUGCUGUGGCCCAAUGCCAAUCAAUCUUGAGCGAUUAUCAGCCAGUAUGCAAACCAUCGUAGCCGCCUUGGAGUGUCCCGUUUGCUUCGACACGAUUCCCCCGCCAGUGUACCAGUGCCAAAACGGUCACCUUGUUUGCUCACGGUGUCGAGUCCGGUCAGAACGUUGUGCCAUCUGCAGAGAGAAAUACACUCCUGGGAGGUCCCUGUUGGCCGAACAGGUUUACCAAUCGAUAACUGAAGCAUUCAAUUUAACAGAAGGAAAUGAUGGAAAGCUGAGGGAACGGUUGUUUGGAGCCAAAUGCAUAAGAAAGCCCUCUUUCCGUAGCGAAGGAAAUUUGCCUGCAGGGAAGCAAAUACACUCUCAUACCCAUAAAUUCUUAGCCAAGAUCAUGGGAAAAUCAUCGUCCGUAGAUAACUUGAGCAAAAAGCAGCAACCCAUUCCCAGCGGAGAAUUGAACGGCCUGAAAGGCAAAUCCCUUUCCUUAUCUUCCAGUGAAAUUUUCAAGCGCGAUAACACAAUCUCUGUUCCCCGGUGUACAUCGGCAAACCGGUUGGCACCGGAACUGACUGGAUCCUGCAACAGUUUGAACACACGGCGGGCGACCUCAUCGUUGUCGUGCAAUGUUUCGGCGGAAAGCCUGAGCAGCAUACCGGAAAAUGGUAUUCAAAUCACAGUCCCUACUCAGCAGACAACCUACUGCUGCCCUUGUGGCGAGUAUUGCAACGAUAAGAUAAACGCUUCCGCCGUGGACCAUCAUGUAACCGACCACCAUCGUACGCCAAUCAUCUCGUUUGGGACAGCAUCGGCCGAGAUUUCACUUCCGCCAAGGACACCUGUUGACAAUGCUUGCCUGGUGUUGAUUCUCGAUGGUCAUAAAUUUUGGCUGAAAUUAAUCUCGGAUUCGAGCUCCACUGGGGAUAUCUUCAUCUCCGCACUGCUGCAGGGAAGUGAAUCCGACUGUCAGAACUAUGCGCUGGAGGUGGUGAUACGGAAAGCUGGCCUGCAUCAGAUUAUGGGGAAGGAGCUGAUUUCACGCUCGGAAAUCCACUCGAUGCAGACUAAAUCAUGGAAUGAUAUCAGCAAUACCAGGAGCGGCGUGUUUUACUCCAGCGAGUGCAUCAAAUCGACAUUCGAUGCAGAAACGGAAAUUUUGCUGAAGGCGAGCAUUAAACGGUUGUCAGAACUUUAAUUGAUAGUUGUAAUUAUGCUGUAAAUAUAUCAGCUGUAAAUAUGACAAAUUGCUUGGUUAUUGGUAUACAAUAUAGAAUGGAAUAACAUAUAUAAGUUUUAAAAUAUAAAAAUUAAACUGCAAUAAAUUUACAAAAUUGUUUGCUAAAUUACAAUGUAUUCAUAAAAAUUACAAAACAUUU